UUCUUGAACAGGAAAUUAGUUAACAAGCAAACAGGACCAGUGGGUGUUCAGAAAGUUGCGGAAGAAAUAUUACUUUGGAGACGAAUUUUAGAAACGCAAACAUCCCAAAUGCAAAUCAUUCUGUUACUUACAAUUAUAGUUUACUCGUGAUGAAGAACUAGCAUGUGUAAGUCUAAAUGGAAAAAAAAUCUAUUUUUUCGCUGAAGGCUGAUCACGGAAUGAAGCAGCGGACGGAGCUCUUAGUUUGACAUACAUUUGUAUCAUCGCUAAUGGAAAGAUCAAGGUCUUGUAAAGUAACGUUGGCUGCUGUGGCUAAUCCGAGGUGACAGGUAAUCCGAGUUUGCUAAUCCUUCCAUACUUCGGCUCACAGUUGAAGCGGAAGGAGUGCGGUUGUCCUGUCAGCGCAAAUUCCGCUAGGUUCAACCCCAAAGUUAGUAGAAAAGUCUUAAACAGGAUGAAAAUCUAGAUCGUUAAUUGUGAGGCUUCUUAACGAGCAAUCCGAAAGCGGAGGCGGUCAAAACUGGAACAACCUGAAGGGCUCACUUCACGUUAGGUCCCAUCACGAAAAUUCGGUCCAAGCGCCACGAUGGUAACGUGCAGAAGAAGGACACGGCCCAGAUUACUGCUUUUUGUCAUCGCCGGUACUUUUGUUGCAAUUGUCUUAUUUUUCCGACAAAACUACGGGGACGUGAAGGCAGCAAAUCGCCCAGAGGUCCACGUGGACGCGCAGGUGGAGAACGAGCGUCUGAAGAAGCCCGUCUACGACAAGCCCCCGUUGGACAGGAACGCGCUGGGGGAGCUGGGGAGAGCCGUGAGGCUGAACCUGGAGGGAGAGGAGAAACGCAGAGAGGAGGACAGCAUCGCAAAGCAUCAGAUUAACGUUUACGUCAGUGAUCAACUGUCACUGCAUCGCCGGCUGCCAGAGAGAUGGAACCCACUUUGCAGAAACCUGAAGUACGACUACCGCUCCCUGCCCACGACCUCCAUAGUGAUCGCCUUCUACAACGAGGCCUGGUCCACGCUGCUGAGGACCGUCCACAGCGUGCUGGAGACCUCCCCCGACCUCCUGCUGCAGGAGGUGGUGCUGGUGGACGACUACAGUGAUCGAGCGCACCUGAAGGGGCCGUUGGAAAAGUACAUCUCCGGUUUGAGGAAGGUGCGCCUGAUCCGAGCCACGAAGAGGGAGGGCCUGGUGCGCGCCAGGUUGCUGGGCGCCUCCAUCGCCACGGGCGACGUGCUGACCUUCCUGGACUGUCACUGCGAGUGCCACGAGGGCUGGCUGGAGCCGCUGCUGCAGAGAAUCAAAGAGGAGCCCACGGCCGUGGUGUGCCCCGUUAUUGACGUCAUCGACUGGAACACCUUUGAGUAUUUAGGCAACUCUGGAGAACCUCAGAUCGGGGGGUUCGACUGGAGGCUGGUCUUCACCUGGCACGCGAUCCCAGAGUAUGAGCAGAAACGCCGCCGUUCGCCCACAGAUGUCAUCAGGUCUCCUACAAUGGCUGGUGGCCUGUUCGCUGUGGGCAAAAACUACUUCCAUUACCUGGGAACCUAUGACACAGGAAUGGAGGUCUGGGGAGGAGAGAACCUGGAGUUCUCCUUCAGGAUCUGGCAGUGCGGAGGCAGCUUGGAGGUCCACCCGUGCUCCCAUGUGGGUCACGUGUUCCCCAAAAGAGCGCCGUACUCGCGGGACAAAGCUCUGGCCAACAGCGUGAGAGCGGCCGAGGUCUGGAUGGACGAUUACAAAAAGGUCUACUACCACCGCAACCCCCACGCACGACUGGAGGCGUUUGGAGACAUAACGGAGCGGAAGAUGCUCCGAGAGAAGCUGGGCUGUAAGAACUUCAGGUGGUACCUGGACAAUAUUUACCCCGAUAUUCAAGUCCCGGAGGAUCAGCCGGGCAUGUUCGGAAUGCUGAAGAAUCGGGGCAUGACCAACUACUGUUUCGACUACAACCCUGUGGAUGAGAACGUGGUGGUGGGCCAGAGGGUCAUCCUCUACCAAUGUCACGGCAUGGGCCAGAACCAGUUCUUUGAAAUGUCCACGGAUGGAGAGAUUCGCUAUAACACGCGGGAACCUGCUGGAUGCGUUGCCGGGGACAACGUCAGCACUUACCUGACUCUUAGUUCAUGUAGGAAGCGAAACCAGUCUGUACCCGCAGACCAGAAGUUUAUCCUCCAAGAGGAUGGCCGUCUGUACCACGUCAGCAGCCAGAAGUGUGUUCAAGCUGUAGACAAGACGGACAACAGCAAACCCGCUCCCUCACUCCAAGCCUGCUCCGACAGCCCGUACCAAAAAUGGUUCUUUGAGGAGCGAACAUAAUGACAUCAACUUAGAAACUAUCUACAGAUGUGUGUUUUUUUAUUCCGGAGGGAUGUCGGCCGAUGGGGAAUGUUUUAAAACUUGCCUUUUUCUUAGGAGCCUGAUGGAGGCUGUGCUUUCUACCUUUGCACAUUUUUUCACAAGUGGGACUGUAUUGACAAAUAGAAAUAUUGGGAAGUAUUUUUUUUUACAAAGAUAAGUAGGGAUUUGACGCUCCCAUCAGAAUCCCGUCUUCCCCUGUAGAGGGCGCCAAAGCGCCUCUUCACAUUCCCCUCCGUCGCUGUGCUCUCUGUCAGUGGCAAAGCUCUUCAGGUAUUUUGUAUGGAACCUUGUCAGGAUAUUUCUGAGUGCUGCUUUUACAUUCAGCCUAGAAAGAAGCCAGAUCCACAGCAUUAUGCUGGUUCCUAGUCCCUCUCCCAUUCAAUCUCCUAACUACUGAUAGAAGCAGGAACUCCAGUCUUAUUCCUUUCUACUUCGACGGAGCUCAUUUAACUGGGUUAAAGUAGCAAAGGCCACUUUGGUGGCUUUAAUUUAAACUAAGCGCAACCUCAAAAGCCUUAAUCUACAGCCGCACUUCAGCAGAUUGAAAUUAUGGUGUUCUGGGGGAAUUUCUGUUUUCACUACAGGCACCUUUAGUCAAAGUGGGGUUUUUGUUUACACGAGCAGUGAAAUAAUUUAGCUUGUGCAGUCGGAGUUCAUUAAGUGCCUAAUGUUAAUUAUGUUCAGCCAAUGGGAUCAUGAAGAAUGCUGUAAUGCCGAAUGUAUGUCACGUCACACGAUGACACUUAUUAGUUAGAAAUAUGAUUAUUUACACAUGUACAGUGUGUGUGUACUGUACGACUGUGGCCUUUGCCUGUUUGUGACCACUGCCUGUGUGUCCCUCUGUCUGGACCGGACACCGGCUGCUCCCUGAGUGCAGGGCUGUGCUCAUUUGGGCGGCCGUCGCUCAGGCGAAGCAGGGAGAGCGAGGGACGUUAGAGUAGGUCGCUGCCUGAUUGAUUCCUCUCGCGAUUCUUUACCUCCCCGUUCCCCCGGGUCAAAGGUAGAACCUCUCCUCUGGACCCAAGCCAGUCACACCUGCCUCAGAUGAGCACUUGUAUACCUGUAUGAUUGAGGUUUGAUUUAUGAAUGGAAGUCAUCAAGAGCACCGUCCAGACACCGGCGGCAGAUAAUGAAGGAGACUGAAUGAGGCAAUUUGUGAUCUCUUCCUUUUCAUUAACCUUCCGGGCUAUUGGCCCAGCAGUCUCUGAGGACCUACGCCAGUAAUUUUAGGGGAUGAUUAUAGCAUAAUACAUUUCUGCUAUUGAUUGAGAAUGUAUACUUACAAUAGGAAAUGGGAAAAGUUUCUAGUACUUGAGUGGAAUCCUUAUACCUUCAUUUGCCAAAUACAAUGAAAAUGAUUUAGAAUCUAAUUGUGAGCUUGUGGUAACAUUAAUGCAUAUGAGUGCAGGAUGUGUUUCGUUACCACAGAGACGUAAAGACGUUCAGUCCUGUCACGGGAUCAUUGUAAUGGGUUUGCGAGCCAUGCUUGGCCUACGGUGGCAGUAAUUAAAUUUAGUUGGCUUGUGGCACGGCCGCCCUGGAAUCCUGCAGACUCGCCGGAUGGCCUCUUCACAUUUAACAGACAUUUGCAAAAAAAUGUUUUGUUAUGAAGGGUGGAGGAAAAAAAACGCUUUUCCAGUGAUUAAGCGCUGCCGUUUCUGUCAGUCUGUGUCCAUAAAUCACGAGUGGAGCAUAUUUCUGUGAUUUAUUUUUAAAGCUGUUAUUUAUUGUCCUGCGUUGUAAUUUGUCAUUUCAAACAUGCGCCUCAUAGUAGAAAAAUAUGUGUAAUAUUCAAUAUAUUGUCCACAGCACUGCAGUAAAAUGGGCAUUAUCCAGCUGGGCAUCAUGUUCCUCUGACAGGUCAUAUAGGGCCUUUAUAUCAUCCAGACCCGUGUCAUAAACAGCGCUGGUAUUCCAGGGAUCUGUUGGGGCACUUUAAACCAUAAAGCGGCUGAUUGUAAUGUCACCAAAGCCAAUGGACCAAGCAGUCAUGUUUUACAGCAGUGUUGGUAUGUUGUGUUUGAAAUGCCGACGGAUUCCCAGCGGAGUGGUAAACAUGCACAAAUGCUAAGCCUGGAAAUCAAUAGUGUCUGGUUUACUGAUGGGGAGUGACUUGAGUCGUUAUUAGGAAAGUGAAGGAGUGUUUUUAUUUUAUAUUUGCCGGAUCAGUGUGACGUCAAUGUGUUAAUUGUACUAAUUUAACUGGUGUCAGUUCGAAGUCAAGAGAACUAAACCUGAUGGAUUGAGCUGAAA